AUGUUGGUCACACCUGCUGGUACGAAGAUCACCAGUCAUAAUCAGUACGUCACAGACGGUAUGGAGGCAUCCGAACUGGAGCCGACGCCGAUGGCCAUGUUCCAGAAAUGGUUCCAGCAUGCCCUGGAGGUAGGCGUACCUCAGCCGGAAGCUAUGACGUUAUCUACGACGUCGCUCCCCCAGGCACCCGCGCCUGCCUCGUCGUCUUCCAUGCAAGACAAGACCAAAUGGAGUGUAUCCAAGCCGCGGCCUAGUGCUCGUACCGUUCUCCUGAAAGGGGCUGAUGACCGUGGCUUUUACUUCUACAGUAACUAUACAUCUCGCAAAGGCGAUGAGCUUGCUGCGAAUCCAUGGUGCUCUUUGUCCUUCUACUGGCCGACACUGCACCGGUCUGUGCGUGUGCUUGGACGGGCCGAACGUGUCCCGAAAGACGUUUCGCAGGCGUACUUUGAUUCGCGACCCAUCGGCAGCCGUAUCGGUGCCUGGGCAAGUCCUCAAAGCCAAGUGAUUCCCUCGCGGGAGGCCUUGGAGAAUCUCGUGGCGGCAUGUGAGCGUGAAUUCAAGCAUCCUACUGAAGAAAGCAAGGUACCUGUGCCCGACCACUGGGGUGGCUAUCUUGUCGUGCCUGACGAAAUUGAGUUUUGGACGGGUCGUAACAAUCGUCUACACGAUCGAUUCCGCUAUGUUCGCGACCCGCACAGUGACUUGCCUCUAACAGAUGCAUCAUCGUGGACGAUUGAGCGGUUAGCGCCGUAA